AUGACGUAUCUCCAGUACGAGGGCGCUGCCUUCCUGCGGCAGCGGCUUCUGCUCUCGACGCUCACGGGUCAGCCGGUGCGGAUUUCGAAUAUCCGGGCGACGGCGUCGGCGCUGUCAAUGCCCGGUCUGCGGCCCUACGAGGCGUCGCUGCUUCGUUUGCUUUGCAAAGUCACAGUGGGGAGCAGUGUUCACGUUGACACUACAGGGACGGUGUUGACAUACGUGCCUGGGCAGCUGCUGGGGAAUGACGACGAGAGCCCGGAUCGGCUGACGCACGCUUGCCACGCGUCGCGCGGGAUUUCGUACUACUUGGAAGUCCUUCUCCUGCUCGCGCCCUUCUGCAAGAAUCCGCUCUCGAUUACACUCACAGGAGUCACAGACGGCGCGCCGGCCGACCUUUCCGUGGACUUGACGCGGUCUGUGACGGUGCCGACCCUCCAGCAUCUGCUCGUUCUCGUCUCAAAUCGCGGCGGAGGCGGAGGCGCGCCGGCGCUGACGUUUGACGUCAAGCUUGUUCGCCGGGGCUUCCCUCCGGCGGGCGGCGGCGAGGUGUCCGUACAGUGCAGCGGUGUGCUCGCAGGGGCGCUGCAGCCGUUUGCGCUCGUGGAGACCGGGCGGGUGAAACGCGUGCGUGGGGUGGCUUUUGCAGAAAACAUGAGUCCGCUGCUCGCGCGUCGAUGCAUCAACCGCAUCCGCCACGUCUUCAACGCCUUCCUCCCCGACGUCUGGGUCUACCUCGAUGUGAAGAAGAAGGCCAAGAACGGCAAGAGCGUGGAGCAGCCGACAGCAGCGGCGGCGGAGAACAAGGCUCGGCGCGGCAUGGGCGUCGCGCUGGUCGCCGAAACCAUAAAGGGAAACGUCAAGGGUGCCGCGGCCUUUGCGCACUCGCAAGCGAGCGAGGAAGACGAGAAGCGAAACGACCAGGACGCCGCCGCCGCAGAUGCCUACCGCGCCACGGGGAACUGCAAACUCGCGAAGCUCUUGGAAGCAGAGGCGAAGGAACUCCAGCGGAAAGGCAGCGCAGGCGACGCUAAUGCGGCCGCGUCCAGCGAGGCAGGAAACGAACUCGGCGGAUCCGAGCAGAUGGGCGAUGACGUCGCACACCGCCUUCUCCUCGAAAUAAUGCAGGGAGGAGUCGUGGAUACCAAUCACCAGUAUAUGGCGCUCCUCUUCGCCGCGGCAGCCGAUGAACACCAGCCAAGCAAGCUGAGGCUCUCGCGUUUGACGCCAUACACGACUCAGUUCCUGCGGCAUUUGCGGGAUUUUCUGGGCGUCACGUUUCACUUCGAGGAGAAGGCGGACUCGGAGACCCCCGAGGUUCUACUGAAGUGCGUCGGCGUCGGUCUGCGGAACACCGCCCGGAAAACUUUUUAA